CUACUCGCUUGCGAUAACCGAACUGAGUCCCGACUCCAUCGAAAGACGGCAUCUAUUUUCGGCUGUCUUACAUCUCUCCUCCAGCCAACCUCACCCUACGCCACAAUUCCACCUCAAAACCCCAUAAUGUGCUUUGGAAGCCGGGACAAGGGUGAUCGCGGCCUUGCGCGAUCUCGCGAUAUCGACAAGCAGCUUCGUCAGGAUGAGAAGAAGCUAUCCAAGGAGGUCAAGCUCCUCUUGCUAGGUGCUGGAGAAUCUGGAAAGUCGACUGUUCUCAAGCAGAUGAAGCUCAUUUACUCUCAAGGUUUCAGCAAAAAUGAGAAGCUGGAAUGGAAGCCCGUCAUCUUUAACAACAUCGUUCAGUCUUUCAAAGUUAUUGCCGAAGCAAUGAACGAGCACGACCUCCAAUUCGACACCCCUGACAACGAGAAACAUAUGGCCCGCAUCCUUGUCGACCACGAAAUUAGCCCUCACGAACCUAUGCCUGCUGAUUAUCUUGAGCCCAUCAAAGCCCUGUGGAUAGACAAUGGUGUUCGAGCGGCCAUUGGGAUGGGCAACGAAUAUGCGUUACACGACAACCUGACCUACUUCAUUGAGGACAUCGACAGACUCUGGGGAGAGGACUACGUUCCCGAUGAUCAGGAUCUUCUUCGUUCGCGAUUGCGAACUACUGGUAUCACAGAGACCAUCUUCGAUCUCGGCCAACUAACCUACCGAAUGUUUGAUGUUGGUGGCCAGCGUUCAGAACGAAAGAAGUGGAUUCACUGCUUCGAGAAUGUCAACUGCCUAUUGUUCUUGGUCGCAAUUAGUGGUUAUGAUCAGUGCUUGGUUGAGGACAAGGAUGGGAACCAAAUGAAUGAGGCACUCAUGCUUUGGGAGUCGAUUGCCAACUCCCAUUGGUUUGCCAGAUCAGCGCUGAUCCUCUUCCUGAAUAAGAUGGAUCUGUUCAAGGAGAAGCUCCCCAAGAGCCCCAUUACGAAUCACGGGUUCACCGAUUACCACGGACCUAAGGACGAUUAUAAGGCGGCAAGCAAGUAUUUCCUGGACAAGUUCAAGGCCUUGAACCGAAACACCGAGAAGGAGAUUUAUGGCCAUUUCACCAAUGCUACCGAUACGAACUUGCUCAAAAUCACUAUGGCCUCGGUCCAGGACAUGAUCAUCCAACGCAACCUCAAGCAGCUCAUUCUCUAAUAAAGCAUAUUCUCGACUCGGAACUUGUCAUACGGAGACACCCGAUAUUUAUCAAGAUAUACACGACUAUAAUGGGGUUUGGACAUUCCCCGGGCGAUAACUGGGCGACUAUACUUCAGCAUCAUGUCUUCACAUACCAGCAUCUGGUGAAGAUAUAUCAGUGCUGUCGAUCAGGAC